AUGCCGUCUCUGCUAUUCUGCGGGCCCAAGAUGGCGGCCUGCGGGAUCGUGAUCAGUAUUUGGGGGGUGAUAAUGCUGGCGAUGCUGGGGAUCUUCUUCAGCGCUAAAUCUGCCAUUCUGAUCGAGGACGUGCCGUUCACCGAGAAGGACAUCCAGGACGAUAAAGAACCUCCUGGCAAUAUCUAUCGUCUCUAUUCUCAAGUGGCCGUGAACUGUUUCAUCGCUGCCGGGAUCUACGUGGCGGUGGGCGCUGUGUCGCUGUGCCAGGUGCGACUGAACAAGCGCCAGGAAUACAUGACUCACCGCUGUACCAGCCGUUUGGAACGGGACUUGUCUAUUUUUCGGAAAUGGCAACAAGAGGAGGACACUCUGACAACCGAACCACCACCAGCCGAAGGGUCAUCUUCUGCCGGACAGGGUGACAAACGAGAACGUUGUACUCCAUCUAAAACACCAAGAGCAGUGAAGAAGAUUCGCCGGAGUCCUACCACUCAGACUGCAGCAAGGCGAAGUAUCACACAGAUGACAAUACUGAAAGCCAACUACCAGCUUCAGAGACUACAGAAGUGA